AUGCGUAGUUACCGGCGGCUCGACAAGGUUGGGCAAGGGACGUACAGCGCGGUGUACCGGGGCCAAGACCUCACGAACGGCCGCGUCGUGGCGUUGAAGCACAUCCGGUUGGCGAACAUGGACGACGACUCGCUGGAGUUCAUGGCGAGGGAGAUUGACGUGUUGGCGCGGCUCGGGUCGCAUCCCAGCGUCGUCUCUUUAUUGGACGUGGCGUGCGGCAAGACCAAGUCUUCGAUGUACCUCGUGUUUGAGUACGUGGAGCACGACCUGGCGGGGUUGUUAUCGGUGGCGGAGAAGCACUCGCUGCGUUUGGGGCAGGUGAAGCGGCUGGCGUCUCAGCUGCUGAGCGCGCUCGCGCACUGCCACGCGAGGGGCGUGAUGCACCGAGACGUCAAGGGGAGCAACCUGCUCGUGUCCGACGAGGGGACGCUAAAGCUCGCGGACUUUGGCCUGGCGAGGAGGACACCCGGUAAGGGGAUGGAACCGCUGACGAACCGCGUGGUGACGCUGUGGUACAGGCCCCCGGAGCUCCUGUUGGGCGCGAGGGCGUACGACGGCGUCGCGCUCGACGCGUGGUCCGCCGGGUGCAUCAUCGCCGAGUUGCUCCACUUUUCGCCAAUCUUACCGGGACGGACCGAGGUGGAGCAGCUCCACAAGAUAUUCAAGCUGUGCGGCAGCGCCGACGCGGAGGAGGUGGUGAAGCGAAUCGAGCUCCAGAACCGCGCGCUCAAGGCGAAGAAGAGGAGCUCGGGCAAGGAGGGAGAGCAGAUUUCGCGGGGCGACCCUCCCCGACGGCAGGGUGGGCUUCAGGGACUUCGUCUCCAACAGGUCGACGCAGAGGCGGGUGGGGAUUGGGGACGGGCGGGUCAAGACGGGUGGAUUCGACCCGGCCAUCGCCAAGGCGGCGAUGCUCGAGGGUGGCGGCGGCGCCGGCGCUAAAAAGCCGCGGACGGUGGCAUCCCCGGACGAGGACGAGCGACGCAGGCAGGAGUACAGGGCGCGGGUGAAGAAGGAGGACAGCGCCAAGGCGAUGAAGCGCGCGUCGAUGGACACCGCGCGGCUGUGAAUCGUAAUGGCACGAACAGACGCCCUCUGUGCGACAUACCUCGAGGGCGUCUCUUUGAAACUGUGAAACUUGCACCACGAGUUGGUUUGAAAA